UUGAUUGUGAAUUGAUUGACUCAUUUUAAAUAUGAGCUGAAGCAAUAUGCAAAACACCCUUAGAAGAUGUUAAGAGGCAUGAUACAUUUUUAGUAAAUACGAAGUAUUGAUUUAAGUCAUCAAUAACACACUUUUUGGGCAUAAAAAAAAACCCUUAAAUAAGCUCAUAUAUAUAUAUAUAUUGUUGUAUAGUUGUAUUGUAUGAUACUUGUUUACAUUAUGAUAUACAGUAUGCCACUGUGCAAAAUUUAAACAGAGCAAAUAAUUGAUGACUGAUAGUAAAAGAGGGAAGAUAAAAAAAAAAAAAAAAAGGCACUAUGCCACUCUAAAACUGUAGGAAAUAAUUUUUCAACUCAUUUCUUUGAAAACAGAAAAGUAAAAAAAAAAAAAGAAAAAAAGAAAAGAAAAGAGAGAGAAAGAAAAAGAAAAAAAAAAAAAGAAGAAAAGAACAUUUAGAGUUUGCAGAUUCAAAAGAAGGGGGAACUUUAGAGGCACCAUGAAUGCCCUGAGUACUCUUUGGUUAUGAGAGAAAAAGGGUUGGUAACUUGGUAAGUGGAAUUGAGAGGAAUCUGAUUCUGAGACUGAGGGUGCAAAGAUGACAAAGCUGGCAACCAUUGCAUCUCAUCCCUAUUUCUCGUCAUUGGCGGCAUGAUGUCUCACCUUACCAUGUAUGCAUACACCCACCUUUGGCCUUGAUGUUACCAUGUUGCUGCUGACCAGCUCUGUAAGUCUCUCUUCUUUUAUCAUUUUUAUGUUCAAAUAUUCACUCAUGAGUUCAGGGUGUUGAAGUUCUUUAUCAAUCUGCAUGUAAAUUUGCUAAAAUUACUACUUCCUCCGUUCCCCUAAUAUUGCAACAAUUACCAUUUUAGAAAGUUUCACAAAUAUUGCAACAUUACUAUAUAUAUGCACAUGCUCUCUCUUUCUCUCUCUCUCUCCUCAUCACAUGGGUCCCUAUCUUUAUUAUUCUCAUCUUAAAUUCCCCUUGUUGGAGUAUUAGGGCAGCAGAGGAGGUAUAAAGGAUAAACUUUAGAUUUAGCCGAAGGGUCAUGAGCUCCUGACUCUGCUAUUUGUACCAGGUGUAUUUCGUAUCCCAAACCCGUGAUACCACCAUUGUUGGAAUUGACUGUUUUGGUUCUUCAUUCUUGUCUCAAUGAGUGAUUGUAUUGUCAGUAUAUGUUAUGUUUUAAUUGAUUGGCUAAGUUUCAGAGGGAGCUUAUUUCAUGAUAUGUAUUUUCCCAUGUGGCUUAAGAAGAAUAGGUAAUUCGAGUAAAGGUAAAUCCAACCCUAAGGUUGUGUUGGUUUAACUUCUUUGAUCUGAAAUUAUCUUAUGAGAACUUAUUUUAUUUGAACUUUUUUUUUGUGUGGAAAAAAACUUCUUUUGUCUGAAAUUGUUUUAUUUGUGUGUGAUUUUGUCUCAAUUUAUUUAAGUAUUUUUCCUAAACCUAUUUUAGCUAGACUUAUUUGAAUUUAUCUGAACUUAUUUUUAACUUAUCUAAAAUAUUUAUCUGUAAUAAGUCAGAAUAAGUUAAGAUAAGAUGAAACAAACUAACAAACCUUAAUCUAUCUAUAAUCUUGUAAAGUUGUAGCAGUGAAAAAGCUCCAAACUACUGCUCAUAAUGAACAGUAAAAUGACCCUGACUGCCCCUCAUCCCGAAACGUGGUCCUCAGUGGGAUUAUGCUUUUGUCCCUUUAGCUGUUUAGCAUGCUACUUGCUUCCCUUCUUUUCCUUUCAUUUUCCCCUCGUUUCUACAGUUUCAUGGCUCCCUCUCAAACACAAUUCUUCUCUAUCCUCACUCUAGAAAGUCCCAAUUUUGUAUAAUAGCUGGGCUCUCUCAAAGUUUCUUAGUAUUCUGUAUUACGAUGUACCUUCAUCAAAGCGUACUAUGAGUUCUCCAGUAAAGCGGCUUCUGAGCUUUGUCUCCUCCAUUAGACCAGGUUCUGAGGUAAUAUGUUUUUUAUUACUCAUCGAAUUCGAAUCAAUUUCCCUUGGGUUUAGUGACUUUAGUCUCACAGUUUCGUUAGUUUAAUUCAGUAUGGUCAAUGUAGGGCUCUUCUAAGGUGGAUCAUAGAACAAUUGGUUGUAAUUAUUGGCGCCAUGAAAGAUUUUAACGAGCUAUUUUGUUGCUGUGAUUUUGAUUAGUUAAAAUAUCUUACCAAUUUUGGCAACGGGUUUUAUUUAGUGCAAUUAGAUGAUGAGGCGGUAAAACACCAGCUUUGGUUGGCAAUACUGGUGAAUUUAACAAAUUUUUUCCAGGUUUAUGCAUUUCUUUUUUUUUGAAAUAUAUGUUUCGGUCAGAUUUUUGUGGGUAUGGUGUUAUGUUGGGUUGAUUUGUUUUAAAUUUUCAGUUUUCUGCGGGAGUUCUGUUUUUUCUUUGAUCAUCAAACAAAAUUGCACUUUCUAACUAUAAUCAAAAUACUUUAAUUCAAUUAGUGUUGCUAUUAAUUUUAAUAAAUAAAUUUUACUACCCUGGGCUAUCCUACGCCGCAACUAGUAUGUAAUAUGAACUACUCCGUAUGUUAGCAACUACGACCAAUAAUUUAAUCAAGAAUCCAAACCAAAGUUUGGGACUUUGGGUUUGAAAUUUUAGAUUAGUACUGACUAGCUGACUUGCCUAAAUCCUGUUCACAUGUAUAUCCACUGGGAACUACUUGUGUAAUUAGAACAAUGUUGUUGAAAGUGUUUGAGUGGUUCUAGUUGUAUCUUUUUAUAGAUAAAAAGGCAAUCUGUUCAUCUGUACCUCUAGAAGAAAUAAGUCUGACAUCAUGGUUUCUUUUCCAUUCCAUACAGAGAACUCUCAAUUAUUUCUUAUUGUAUAGUGGAUUCUCGAUUCUUACAGAAAGCUAGUUGCUGUUGCAGGAUGCAAACCUUUCAGAAUUCUGACAAGAAGAGAUUUCUUACUUUGAAAGAAGUUUCAGCAGUGACAGAAACUUUUUUCUUGAGUAUAGCAGCAACAUUUUGAAAACUGAGCAGUAUAUGACUGAAACAAGUUCAAAUAUUUAUGGUAGCUCUGCUAGUCUAGCAUGCCUUAUUGGGAAACCACCUUUCUAUCCAGCUGGAUUGUCUCUAUUGUUUGGAACAAGAUGACAAAGGGAGAAAUUGAAGGCUUAGUUUUGAGUUUUUGACAUUUCCAGGUAAUAUAGUGAAGGUAUGCAUUUAUUUUUCUACUUUGCUUAUGCACCUUUUUCAAUCAGCAGCUCAAAACUUUCAAGUUCAGUUUAUCUGGUCUGUCUUGAUUUUAUUCUUCUUUUAGAAUGUCAAGUUCUGCUGAAGUGCCUUUCUUGUUUAACGCCUAUCCUAGAUGAUGCAUCAUCGUACAACUUGGUAAACAUGUCGAUGCUUGUACUUGAAGAUUAUUCUAUGCAAUUUUAUUCCUCACUAUGUUUAUGAAAUUGCUAUUUUUAGGAGAUGAGAUGUUAAUAUUAAAAUAUACUUAAAGUUUUCUUUAUCUCUUAUUUUACCCUCAAAUCCUCAAAUCUUGUUCAUUGGAAACCCUUGUGUUUAGAAUUUCCUUUUAUUUACAGAUCUAUCUUCAUUCUUAUCUAUACUUUAGUCUAUAAUAACACAAACCACAUAUGACAUGUGUCACCCUUCCCUUUCUGUGUCCAAAUAAGUUUCCCAUUCUCAUAACAUGUUUGUCAUCAAAUAAAGCUUCUAUUUCUCAUAUUGAGUUGGGUCUGAAUAAUUAAAAAAAACCUUAAACAACCCACUAAUUUUUAUUUUUAUUAACUGUUAUUAUUUAUUAAACAAAUCCCAAAUUUUUAUCAUCAGAUAUUAAUUAAAUAAUAUUAACCUAUAUGCACUAACUUCAUAUAUUAUUCACCUUUAAUCAGCAAAACCCUAUUACAAUUUCUCUCCUGAGGUUGCUUUGAUGCACAACUUCUGGCUAUUUCUUUCCAUAUGAGAAUAGCUGUUAGCUAUUGAGACUGGUUUAGUCUCCUCAGAUAGGUCUCAUCUAAAGUGCUAGAAAAUUAAGCCUUUUAAGUUAAUGUGUAUCAAAUUAUCAAUUUUGUAGUUGGAAGAACUGAAAGCUGCAAAGGAGAUGGCUAUCUCAAGAUUGUCAGUCCUGCAUUUUACAUAGCUAAUCUGCUGACAAAGCUUGGAGCCUUGGACAUUACGGGUCUUUUUUGUCACAUUAUUUUCACUUAUUUCAGAUAAGUUCAGUUAAGAAAAAAUAAGUUCUGAUAAGGGUUACCCAAGUACAAAUACAACCAAAAUAAUUUUUAAUAAGGUCUAAUAAGUUCAAAUAAGUUCAGAUAAGAUCAGAUAGGUUAAGAUAAGUGAAAAUCAGGUGAAUAGAACACACCCUACUACUGGUUGUUAUUUAAGGUAAGGUAAUUAUGUACUAUUUAGUUGUUUUGUGUUAUCCAUCUGCUACCAGAUGUAUGAACAAGUAAAAGUUGUGCAACUCACAGAAAUGACCAAUGAAUUUUUAAUCAUUAAGUUGUGCUAUUAUUGCUAGACAUCUAUUCCGGAUUUCCUUAAUACCUUGUCUUUUUUCCUUUAAUCUGGAACGAAUGCUCCUUUUACUUCCUUCAUCUCCUCUAUGCUUUCCUUUUUUCUUGGUUUGACAAAUAUCUUUAGUUCUUUAUAAUUUUAUAUUGAAGAAUUGUCAAAAUGUUUUGUGAUAUGACUGCUGUUUUUUUCUUUAUCUUUGUACUCAGAUAUUGGCACUAAUUGUGAUCCGGUUAACAUUGGAAAUUAUUGUUGUUUUUAAGAUCAGAACUCAGAAGACAAUAUGAGAUUGAUUCAAAUCCUGUCAACAUGCACGAGAGUCAUUAUGUUCUUAAUAAGAUGUGCCAUUGUUUAUUUUUUUGACAUUGGUUAAUAGCUUACCUUUUGAGCAUUGGAAUUCUUGUUUUUUUUUUUCCCCGAUGCAAACUUGGUAAUUAGUCGAUGACUAAUUUGAUGUUUGCUAAUAUGGAUUUUGAUGAUGAACUUCAUGCUUUGUUUAUUUAUCUAUUUAUUUAUUUUGAAUGGUCAUCUCUACCUAGUAAACGAGAGAUUGCUGUAGCUUCCAUUAGCAGCUUUCAUGGAAAGUAAAAGUUGAAACUUCAUGAUGUUAGCCAUGUGGAUUUGAAUGGAAUCGUUUGUUGAAAAAAGUUUGAAAAUCAUUGAUUGGAGCCUAUAUCACUUAGGGUAGAUACAUAAUUUAAGAACAAGUUAAGAUCAUACAGGAAUAGGGCAAAUGAAAUGAUGAGGAUAGUUAAACAAAGAGCCAAAUAGAGGUAGUGUCACUACUUACUAGUGUGUUGGGAGUUGGGAUUUUGGCAAGAAGGAACAUUACAUGUGGGAAUGUCUUAACUACUUUUUUGGAAUAUUUGUAUGAGGAUUCGAUUUGAUGCUGAUGGUCUUGUUGAAUCAUAGGCUAUAGAGCUUCAUUUAAUUCUUCACUGUAAGCGAUAUUAUUGAGGUGUUAUUUCAGAACUUUGAGUCUAGAAAACCAAGAAAGAAUUUACAUUUUGACGAUAAGUUGUUCUUGUCUAGGAGAAGGGUGAUGAGAGUACCAAGAUGGCUUAUUGGAGUUUAAUCAUGUCUAAGUCUACCCGUCUAUGUAUCAAUCAAUCAAUCAAAGCCUUAAUCCCAUAAGUGGGGUCGGCUAACAUGAACCAAAUUUGAUUAUUCCGUGUAGUCAUCGACAUAAAUCUUCUUCCUCCAUCCCUUACGAUCCAAUGCUUCAUCCUCAUGCACAUCCAUACACUUCAUAUCCUUCCUAACUCCUUCCAACCAAGUCAUUUUCGGUCUCCUUCUCCCUCGGUUAACCCCUCCAUGGUCCCACUCUUCCACUCUUCGCACCGGUGCACCCUCAGGUCUUUGUCUUACAUGCCCAAACCAACGCAGGCGAUUUUCCCUUAGUCUAUCUGCAAUGCCUGCCACACUUACUUUCUUGCGAAUAACCUCAUUUUUGAUUCUAUCUCUUAGAGUGUUCCCACACAUCUACCUUAACAUGCGCAUUUCUGCAACCUCCAUCUUUUUAAUGUGACUCUAUUCGAUAAGGUCAACCACAAGGUUGUGUUUAAGGAUAUAUUCUGGGCAUUCUAAUAAAGUAGUCUAUGGUUAUGGUUUACGAGGUGAGAAAGGAAUGCUUACACUAUUGCAAUCUUCAGUGUCAGUGGAUGUGGUGAUAUUAUGAUUGGCUGUGGUGUAUGAGUAUGGGUAGUGGUGGUUAUGGACCUUAUGGUAGUACUAGGAAUUUGUAUGGUGGCGUUGGAAGGUAAUGAGGUCGAACACUGGUUUUUCCUUUUCUUUUUCUUUUAUUUUUUUCAAAAAAAAGGUUCAUUAGAGUCCCAUCUAGGAGUUAGUUUAAAUAUUCCUCAAACCAGUGGCUAUCAAUCAAUCAAAGCCUUAAUCCCAUAAGUGGGGUUGGCAAACCAGUGGCUAUGCAGAUUAUUUUUUUUACUUUGGCACACAGUUUUUGAUGUCAAAUUAAGUGUUUGAGAGAAAGUGAUUAUUGGCCAUUUAACUGUCAUAUUAAUUUAGUUUGGUUGUAAGAUGCUGUAAAAUUAUGGGCCCAGACGUCAAGAAAUCUUUUGAUAUUGUUUAGAUUGAAGCUUUUGGUGUUUUCUUAGUUAUAUGAGGAAACGAUCUUUUCUUCUGCUUUCCUCGAAUGUGGUAGUCGGUAUGUACUGCAUACUUUAUUGUCAGUAUAAGUUCUUUGUUUCUAUUGAAUGGAAAUUUAAUUAACAGCUUUAUAUAACUAAAAUUUACAGUUUUAAAUAUCUAAAAAACUACUUAUUAACUUGAAUUUGUAGUCUGAUCAUUGAUAUAUUUUUCUUGUGUAUACUUGAAAUUAAUAAUUGGCUGGAGCAGGUUAAUUUUUAUAAGAGGUGUUAAUAUUUUGGGCAUGUUUAAUGCUAGAAACUGGCAGAUGUAGGGGAAGGGAGACCAAGAUCUGUAGUUGGUAGUUCCUAUUGCAUUAAUCUACAGUAUGUAAUUUUCAGUAAUUUUUGGUUUGUAAAAAAAUAAAAAAAAGGACAGGAGAUUAAGCGAAGAUUUAAAAAAAAAAAGUUUCAAGUGGAGUGUUACAUGAUUGGUCAAGGAGGUCAUGGUACUGGACUACUGUCUACAAAUGUGUAUUGGCAGAUGGAAGAGUUGCAGCAGUUAAAAUGUCAAAGAAAGUUGACCACCAACUGGUGAUCUUCACAGGCAAGGUGGCUAUUCUAUCUCAAUUCAAUCAUAGGAAUGUGGUUAAACUGAUUGGAUGUUAAAUGGAGACUGAAAUACCGCUACUUGUUUUUUUUUGGAGUUCAUCCCAAAAGGAUCAUUUGCUCAUCAUAUACACAGUGACAUUGAAUUGUUUUCAUUUCAUGGAAAGCACAAUUUGCUGCAGAAUUUAUAGGAGCUAUUGCAUACCUUCAUUCAUUCUCAUUUACCUCUAUUUAUCAUUCAGAUAUCAAGUCCUUUAAUAUUCUCUGCUUAAUGAAAAAGUGAUGCUUAUAGCUUUGCUGUAGUUCUUAUUGACUUCUGGACGAGCAAGAAGCCACUUGAUGCUGAUGAAAACACAAGUUUGGUGAAAUUUUAUUUUUUGGAGAACUUUUUUUAUUCAAUAAUGUGCUUUAAUUUUCUCAAUUCUUUAUUCUUUAUGUAGUGAAUUAAUUUUCUGGUCUUUGAAUUAGUGAUACAGACCUCAAGUUUCUGAUACUUCGUAAUUUAGUCAUUUUAGUGACAGACUUGGUGACUUAUCAACUCAAAAUUAAACAUGCAAAAUAAAAAUGUAUUUGAGUAUGCACAGAUACAACUAUACAAGUAUUGAAGUAGAUAAGAAAAAUGAUUAUGAGAAAAAGCAAGUAAUUUAGUAAUAGGCGAAGACAGGCUGAAAAGGGAUCUGGUAUGGUUAUUGCUUGAAGAGGAGCAGCUUGUCUGGUGGCGGCUGAGGUGGUGGUAUGGUGGGGUACGAGUCUACAGAAGGGGCAGGUAGGUUGUUGUAUGGCUACGGGUGGUAGUAGUGGGCUAGUGGGAGGGGUAGGAGAGAGACAAUGGAAGAAUAGUAUGGACAAUUGAAUAGAGUGAAAUUCUACCUGUUUAACAAGUAGUGUUUGAAACCAAUAUGGAAAUUUGGGACGAAGACCCUAAAAUUUGGGUUAAUUAAAAAUUAGGUCAAACUUGGUACUUCUUCUGAGAACAAGUGGAAAAAUGGUAAAGUACUCUGUAUACUGGAACAAUGGGAUUAGUGUUAUUAAAAGAUUAAGAACGAUGAGUCGGUGACUGUCUGGUAGUUUCCUUACUCUUGCCUAUGACUACAAUGAUUCCUUUGUAGUCCUUUAGGUGUUCAUUUUUGACCAGAAGGAUAUAAAAUAAUGACUACAUGCAGAAUAAAAUACUGAGCACUUGGCAAAUUGCACUAAAAAAAAAUAGCGAAGUAAAAGUAGUGAUAGUUUGGAGUAAAUAUGAUACUUUGGAUACAUUUUGCAUUUAUUUUGUACAUCCCUUGCAAGCUUUGUGUACUGAAUUAUACUUUCACAAACAUGCUUCCACCAUGGCCUCUGCUCUCUUUCUUGUUUAUAAUGUCUACCACAAUCACCACAAAUACUUCUGUAGCACCAGCCAAUAUGCUUACUGCUGUAAAUAUCAACAAACCUGGUUGCCCACGGAAAUGUGGUAACUUAACGGUCCCUUACCCAUUUGGUUUUGGUACGGGAACAGGGAGAAGUUUAUGCUCUCUGGGUUUUUGGUUUGACAUAAAGUGCGACACCUCCUACAGCCCCCCAAAAGCGUUCUUUAUGAUGGGUUCAGGUGAUACUCAACCUGAAAUCUUAUAUAUCUCAGAGACACAAAUGAUGCUCCGGAAUUUUCAGAUAGCUUCAAGGUGUUAUGAUGCCAAGGGGAAGGUAAUCUCUGACACACCGUCUUCUUAUGAUCUUAUUGGUUCUCCCUUUACUUUCUCAUACACUGGAAACAAACUCACAGUCAUUGGCUGUGAUGAUUACGCAUUGAUCACCUAUUCUGCUGGGACUGUCUCAGAGGGCUAUAAAUACGAUUACAAUGUUGGUUGCCUUGCCUUAUGUUCUAACCCAAAUGAGGUGAUUCAUGGCUCUUGUUCAGGAAUUGGUUGUUGUCAAACUUCUAUCCCUAACGGUUUGCAAUCUUUCAUGAUUACUCUUUCAAGCUUGAAUAAUCACAGCAGUUCAGGAGUCUCAUCAUUUCAGCCUUGUGGUUAUGCAUUUCUUGCUGGGAAUGACAGCUUUAGAUUUUCUGGGGCAGCAGAUCUCUCUGGCAAAGUAGUGGUAAACAGGACAACUAAUGAAGUUCCUAUGGUGCUUGAUUGGUCUGUUGGAGAUUUUAACUCAAUUUCUGGAAAUAGGGCUUCAUGUAAUGAAGCAAAGAAAAAUUUAACCACUUAUGCUUGUCAAACAAAUACUCACUGUGUUGAUUUUGGCGGAGGAGGAUAUCAUUGUCAGUGUCUCUCAGGUUAUGAAGGAAAUCCUUAUCUCAAACCAGGGUGCACGGAUGUUGAUGAGUGUGCUCAGGGUUCAAGUAAUCCAUGUAGCAUGGUAUGUGUCAACACCCAUGGAAGUUACAAAUGCUCUUGCCCUGAUGGAUAUUAUGGUGAUGGGUUGAAAGCUGGAACACGUUGCACAAAGAUGAUCAAUAACAGUACAUCGUCCCUGAAAAAAAUCACUUUUGGACUGGGAGUAGCCUUGGGAUCGAUUUUUCUGUUUCUUGUUGGUUGGUGGUUAUACUCAGUGAUGAAAAGAAGAAAUGCUGUUAAGCAAAGAGCUAAAUACUUUGUUAGAAAUGGCGGCUUAUUGCUGCAGCAACAUGUAUCUUCUGACGAAGGAGUUGUGGAGCGAAUAAAAAUCUUCACUGCUGAUGAACUGGAGAAAGCCACUGACCAUUUUAAUGAGGAUAGAAUACUUGGACGAGGAGGACAAGGCAUUGUGUAUAAGGGAAUGCUUGGUGAAGGAAAGAUUGUUGCCGUAAAGAAAUCUAAGGUAUUAGAUGAAAGCCAAUUGGGAGAAUUCAUCAAUGAAGUGGUUAUCUUGUCUCUAGUUAAUCAUAGGAAUAUAGUGAAGCUAUUAGGAUGUUGCUUGGAGACAGAAGUUCCAUUACUAGUUUAUGAGUUUAUCCCUAAUGGAAGCCUUUUCCAUCACAUUCAUUAUCCAAAUGAAGAUUUCCUUAUCACGUGGAGAAUGCGAUUACAAAUUGCCAUUGAUUCAGCUGGAGCACUUGCUUACUUGCAUUCUUCCUCUUCAACUCCUAUAUUUCACAGAGAUAUCAAGUCUUCCAACAUUCUAUUGGACGAAAAAUACAGAGCUAAGCUAUCAGACUUUGGGACUUCAAGAUCUGUGGCUAUAGAUCAAACCCAUGUAACAACUCGCGUCAUGGGAACAUUUGGUUAUUUAGAUCCAGAGUACUUUCAGUCAAGCCAGUUUACUGAAAAGAGCGAUGUUUACAGUUUUGGAGUGGUCUUGGUAGAGCUUUUAACAGGGCAGAAAGCAAUUCGUUCAACUCAAGAAAAUAAAAGUUUGACAUCUUGGUUUCUUUCCCAUAUGGAAAAUUCCCAAUGGCUUGAUAUUCUGGAUCCUCAAGUACUACAAGAGGGUGCAAAAGAAGAGUUACUAGCUUUGGCAAACCUUGCAAAACAAUGCUUAGACUUGGACGGGAAGAUAAGACCGACCAUGAAAGAAGCUCUCCAAGAGAUUGAGGCAGCCAGAUCCCUUCAUUUAUCUCGAAUAAAUCACCAAGAUGUGUUGGAAACUCAACCGAGCAUCACUACAACAGCUAGGAGACGUACCUGUGAUGGCUCUGCAUAUUCUAGAAUGUCUAAUCUGGAAAACCGCUCUUUAGAUUCAGCUGAACUGUCUCUGUUAUUCAACCCAAGAUGAUGCAAUGAAAUCUUCACGGUUUAGACUUAUGUA